UACAGUAAAAUAAAUAAAAUAAAUAAAAAUAUAAAGUAGCAAGAAAAAUCUGAAAUAAAAUUUAAACGAACGAAAGAAAGAGAUUUAAUCAGAUGCGAAGAAUUCUUUACACGUUCCUCGAUAUCGGAACAAAGGCCAUCGGAUUCCAAGGACCAAAGAGUCAUUUGCUCAAAAGUUGCGAGAGGAACACCUUUCUUUUCUUUCUUUCUUACCGAAAAAAACUUCACACCGAACAACUCUUGCAAAGAAGCUCAUCUAAAAAGAUGAUUCAAGAAUCGAACCUCCAAUUCCUUUAAGAAGGAAGGAAAUUUAAGAAAGAAGAAAAUCAUCUUUAAAAGUUUUGUUAAAAUUAAAAUUUCAAAAAGAAAGAAGAAAAAGUUUAAAGACGGCGGCAGAUCAUCGACGUACGUGUCGAUGCAGGAAAUUCUAUCGAAUCUUCGAUCGAAUCGUGGCGAAGAAUUUUAAUAAAACAUCAACGGCUCUCUUAAACGAAAUAAAAAUAGAGAAAUCGCCUCGUAACCAAUGUUCCCCCGCGGAAUUAUACGCAAUCUGGAGUUGUACGCUGACGUAAUACGUUGAUUGAUAUUCGACCGGCAGUUUGGGCCGCGUGUUAAGAAAUCGAAACAUCUUUAGCAAUGCGUGCCGAGUAUAAAUAACUCUCGAUGAAGAACCCGAAGAUCCGAGAAUACAAAUCUUCAACAAGAUUGAAGAAAUUUUACAAUAUAAUUCCAUCUCCGUUCUUCGAAAAGAAGCGAAAGAAUAAUAUCGAUCAUCCUCGAAUGAUGGAUCCAACACGCCGUCAAAACUGUCCUGUCAUCGGCGCGAAGUGGAAGGUCGCUCGCUCCGACUUUCUCGAGGAUCCACCUGAAGAAGGGAGACGACUUAUCCGAGGAGAGCAGAGAUCGGGCAGGGAGAGCUGGGAAGAGAAGAGGUGGUCAAUGGUGGUUCAACCAAACAGGCCGAACAAACGCGCCUUUCCCCAGUCUUUCACGUCCCGAGGACCGAUCACCAUUCCGUAGUCGGUCGCCGUGUUGUUCACGGUGUUUUCUCGUCCACCACGGCGCGUCCCAUUCCUCUCCCUGUGCUUGUGCUUGUGGUUACCGUGUUUACACGCCGAGGAUGACACUGGUUCCUCCUCACAGCGCCU